AUGAAACCACAUGAACCAACAAAAACUAUAAAAACCACACGAAAGUCUACAACUCCAAAAUCUACCACGAUUAAACAAACAACCAAAGAGUCGACGUACUAUGAAGAGACAACGUACUACGAUACUAUAUCAACCGUUCCUACUUACACUAGGACUGUACCAACUAGGUCACCGCGGCCUACUACUGCUUCUACUACUACCACUACAAUUACUACUACCACUACUUAUGCAACUGCUACUACUAGAUCUACUACUUCUGCAACUGCUCCUAGUACAACUACUACUUCUGCAACUGCUCCUAGUACAACUACUACUUCUGCAACUGUUCCUAGUACAACUACUACUUCUGCAACUGUUCCUAGUACAACUACUACUUCUGCAACUGUUCCUAGUACAACUACUACUUCUGCAACUGCUGCUAGAACAACUACUACUUCUGCAACUACUGCUAGAACAACUACUGUUUUCUACUUUCCUACUACUACCGAGUCUUUCAUAUUUAUUCCAACUACCACUACAGAAAGUCCAAGAGAUGAUGAUGAUAGCGUUGAAGAAACUGUAACUGAGGUUAUUUUGGAGACGACAACAGUACCAACAGCUACAACCACUCGAUGCGAAGAUGACCCAGGAGAGAUGAAUGUAACUCUCCCUGACGACAAUCUUGAUACAAGAGUUACCGCCACCAGCAACGAAGAUGAAAACAAAAUUGAUAAUACACAUAUACCACACACAACUGAUAAACCUACGAGUUCAAUAGUGAUUCCGACGAAUGAUGAAGAUUGUCAGGAAAAUCCAAAAUUAAAGAAUAACUGUGCAAGACCAAAGACGUGGUUAACAACAGUUAAAGGUGAAACUAGAGAUUUCUUUAGAAUUCUGACUUCGACACCCAAAUAA